AUGCAUACUGCGCUGUGGACACUCGUCACCUUAGCUACAGUGGUCAGUGCUGAGCACUGGAUCUUCGGCGGCGUUAGACCGAUUGUUACGACCCGCCUUGACCCCGUCAUCAGCCCCAAUGCAAUCGGCUCGCACGUCCACUCGAUUGUGGGCGCAAGCCGCUUCCAGAACGUCUACGACCCGGCAGACCUCGUUCAGAGCAACUGUACCACAAUCCCUGUGCAGCCUGACAAGAGCAAUUACUGGGCGGAUCAGAACACGAGUCUAUUCACUCCAAUUCCAACAUCAUUCAAUAUCUACUACCUCAUGCGGCCAGGCCCGAUGACUGAGUCCAUCAAGGCUUUCCCCCCUGGCCUUCGUAUGGUCGCAGGAGACCCCAACAGGCGUUCAUAUAACGCUUCGGACUUUGCACAACAAGCCAUCAGCUUUGUCUGCUUGGACUUCAAUGCUGACCACUCGAACGAUCCCGAUUGGGAUGAGCGGCCGAACUUCUUCGACCACAACUGCCCGGACGGCAUGCGCGCCCAAGUGUUCUUUCCCUCCUGCUGGGACGGUGUCAAUCUCGACUCCCCCGACCACACGUCGCACAUGGCCUACCCGAUACAGAACUAUAACGGCGGUGACUGCCCUGACAGCCACCCCGUCCAUCUCGUCUCGCUCUUCUACGAGAUGUUUGUCUCUGUGGAUCAAUUCGACUUCUGGGGUAACGGCACAUGGGUACUCGCGAACGGCGACACGACCGGGUACGGACACCACGGCGAUUUCACGAACGGCUGGGACGUCGACCUCCUCCAGAACGCUAUCGACAACUGCCCGAACGCGACUGGAAACGUCAUGGACUGUCCGCCGCUCGCCGCUGCGAUGGACCAGGCCUCUGCGGAUGCUUGCGUGCUGGAGACGGAGAUCGUAGACGAGGACACCGGCUUCGAGACCCCACUCUCAGCCUUACCAGGCUGCAACCCCUUGUGGAACGGUACCGGGCUGCGAACGGAGUGUUUGAGCGACGCGGAGCUUCCGCAACUGAUCCCGGCACAGACCCCGCUUCCAACUAACUGGAGCAAGAUCGGGUGUAUCGCUGAGGGCACGGACGGGCGCGCGUUGAUUGGCGCCUCGACGACAAGUCCGAACCUGACCCGCGCGGCGUGCGUCGCGUUUUGUGAGUCGAAGGGCUUUGCGCUCGCAGGAGUUGAGUUCUCCGACGAGUGCUACUGCGACGACGAGCUGCGGAAUGGCGCGACGAACACCACGUUGAUAUGGAACGAGUGCACAAACCACUGCGCUGGCAACGCGACAUGCUCCUCUCACAACUUCACGAUCGCCGGUAUAGAAUUCGGUCGCGAAUGCUACUGUGGAAACGCGUUCGAGAACGGCGCUGGACAAGCGCUGGAUCCUGCGAGCUGCAACGUCGUCUGUGCUGGAGAUGCCUUGAGUACAUGUGGUGGCAGCUGGGCACUGAGCGCGUUCCAGUCCAACGCCACAGUUGCUCUCCAAUCGUCUGCAUCCUCUGCUGCACCCUCCACCUCCGCAUCUUUAGCGGUCUCGGUUCCCUCCGUGCCGAUCUCUUCCGCUUCCCCGACCUCCCCCGUGUCUUUCUCCGCCACCUCUACUCCUGUCUCUUCGGCCUCAUCCGUCGCUGGUUCCGCUACUCCCUCGAUCUCUGCAUCCACCUCCCAGUCUAUUGCUACAUCUGUUCCUGCGAGCUCCAGUGCUCCAUCAAACACCACGGUUGUUCUGCCGGAUGGAUGGGCCUCCAUCGGAUGCCGUCAAGACGACGUAUCGGGGCGGACACUCGAUAUGGACGCCUUCACCAGCGACAACAUGACGAUCCCUGGAUGUAUCGCGCACUGCGCCUCCCUGGGCCAUCCCGUGGCUGGCGUUGAGUACGCUCGCGAAUGUUAUUGCGGGAGCGCAUUCGUGAACGAUGGUGGCGCCGUCCUACCUGAUGACGCGUGCGACAUGGCAUGUAGCGGCGAUACGACGAGCAUCUGCGGUGGGCCUGGUGCGCUAUUCGCAUUCCAGGAUGUGAAUACCACGGCAGUUGCGCGACGCAUGUACAGGUCGAGGGGGUCUUACAAGCUGUGA